ACGACCUUAGGUAAGGUCACUAAGGGAGCGGCUGUCAGGUUUUCAGCCAAAAAAUUCGAUGAUCGCAAAUUUUGGCAUUUUAGAGGACAUCGCCUACAAGCUGGGAUCAUUGUCGGCAUUUGUAAAGCUGGAGGAAUUUGGACGGUGUCGGCUGAGAUAUGUCAGAGUCGAAAAGGAAUGACCCCUCACCGCUGCAACAGAAGAACUACAGAACAGGCCUGGUCUACGAUGAGCGAAUGACGCUUCAUAAAUGUAGUUUUGAUCUAAACCAUGUGGAACACCCAGACCGAGUGUCUAAGAUGUAUGACUACCUGCAGGAGGAGGGGCUGGUGUCCAGGUGUGUCCGCAUCAUCGCCGGACCCGCCACGGAGGAGGUGGUCCUUCUUGUGCACAGCCCAGAGUACAUUGCCCAGGUCCAAGCCUGGCAGAAGGAAGCUGAGAUGGACCCUAACCAGAACCCCUGCAAACUGGAGGAGGGAAGCCCCACGUACCUGAGCCCCCAUGUGUACAACUGUGCCAUGUUGGCUGUGGGCUGUGCCAUCAAACUGGUGGAAGCUGUUCUGCAAGGGGAGGUGGACAAUGGGCUUGCUAUCAUCAGACCUCCAGGCCACCAUGCUGAAAUGGACGAGGCUGUGGGUUUCUGUUUCUUCAACAACACGUCCAUAGCUGCCAGAUACGCACAGACGGAAUUAAACGUGAAAAGAAUACUAAUACUAGACUGGGACAUCCACCAUGGCAAUGGAAUCCAGCAUGCCUUCUACACGGACCCUAGCGUACUGUACCUGUCGCUACACCGUUACGACCAGGGGAAGUACUUCCCUUACAUGGACUCAUCCAAUUUCUCUUCUGUGGGAGAGGGCAAGGGGGAGGGCUUCAAUGUCAACGUUGCAUGGAAUAAGGGUUCAGAAGUCAUAGGAGACUUGGAGUACAUAGCUGCAUUUCACAGAAUUGUUCUGCCUAUUGCUCAGGAGUUUAAUCCAGAUUUGGUGUUAGUAGCCUGUGGCUUUGAUGCUGCAAAAAAAGACCCACUUGGCCGGUGUAAUGUAACGCCUGGGUGCUAUGCAUACAUGACGCAUCACUUGAAAAGUCUAGCACAGGGCAAACUUGUGCUAAUACUAGAGGGUGGCUACAAUGUCCAGGAGAUGUCGGAGUGCAUGGCAGCCUGUUCCAGGGUACUGCUGGGGGAGGCCCCGCCCACUGUUGCCUCAGGGAUUCCCACUAGAAUUUCAGAAACAAGUAUUGCCAACACCAUCCAAGCCCAUCGGAAGUACUGGAAAUGUUUGCAGGACCAUAGACCUUCUUCCCUAGCUGAUGCCUGAUGAUGGACAACAUGUACAGCCCACCAGCAGCUAUGGGGCCCUGCUCCAAAUUAGUUCAAAAGAUGCUGCCAGUGUUCAUGUGAGCAAAAAGUCACUUUAAAGUUUCUGUGGGAACAAUUACAAAUAUGGAAACUCCAUUGACUUGUGAAGUGCAUUUCACUGUCAGAUCAUCAAGUUGUUUCAAGUAUUUUAUGUCCAGAACAACAAAAGACAUUGUACAUUGUUUCAGAGAUUUAUCUUAAUCAGUCUGUUGAAAACAUUUUAUUAUUUAACUUUUGCAGUGGGAUAUAAAUGUUGUGGAGUAAUGAUUCAUACUGAGUUUUUCAGCCUGAUCAUAUAGAUGUCUUUUAUUGUUAUAAAAAAUUAUAGCUUGCUUUUCCAUGCAGUUUUGUUGUUGCCAAGACAGUAUUCUUUUUCCACGUGUAGUUGGUUUCCCACUUUCCUGUAAAGAAAAAAAAUUAUGUAAGAAUAAAUAUACUGGGAUACCAAAGUUGAAAUCUUUUACAAAAGAUUACAGUUAAAAGCUUUCCAUCCUUCAAUAUCAGGAAAAAAUCACCCAACAGUGUUUUGUGUUGAGACCAUCAAGUGCUUCUUGCUAGCAAGAAAGGGGGAUGCUUAUCUGAAACAUUUUAAAAAUGUACAAAGUUUACUUUCGGUUUAUCAUUAUAUCCAGCCAAUUCUUUGACACUCCUCUGUACUGUACAGUGAUACAUUUGUACUACUACACAGGGAACUUGGGGUGCUGAAGGUUGAAUACAUGUAGAUGUCAGUGUGGCUAUGCAAAAGUCUGUGAGUAGCAUUGUUUGGUAGGACAGCAAGAGGCUAUGCUGAGAAGUGUACCAAAGAAGCAAAAGACUCUUAUUAUAAUUUAACAGUUUUAGUUUGCAACAAUUGUCUGAUGUAAGCAUACAAUAGUGGAGUGAUAUAGCACAAUAUCUGUGUAGUUGUUAUCUAAAAAAAUUCAAAUUCAGUACCUUGCUCAUUAGGAUGAGGAGACUUUUUAGAAAUUAUUGACAAUAUUCUUCACUGUAUGUAGGCUUUGGAGGAAUAGUUGCAAGAAAUUUUGAUGUACAUGAAUUUCAGAAAUUUCAGUGUGUUUGGGACCAUAGUAAAGCUUACACUUUCUGCCCAUGGUAGCAGUCCUUUCAAUUUGCUCUGAGCUGAAAACUUAUUAAGGAACAUUUUCAUGUACAUGUAGCAUCUGUUGCUUCUGAUCAGUACAGGAUAUACAUUGUAUGCAUGUUUAGUGAAAAGGUGUCAUUUUAAACAUACCAGUAAAAGACAUUGCUUGGGUGGUGUGGGUGUCAUGCUGUUACGCUACCUUGUUUUUUUUUAAUGAUACAGGCAGCUGUAAAAUUGAUGAAAUGCACUUUAAAAAAAGUCUUAUUCCUGUAAAUACUGUAUAAUUAUAGAGAAUUUUAUGCACAGUAGAUGCCAUAAGUAUAUGUACCAAUAUGUACAAAGCGAAUGAAGAAUUGAAUGAUGUUAUUUAUUGUGGUCAGGUGUUGUGACUGUCUAGAAUGCCAAAGCUUGGCUCCUUGUGUGCAACUCCUGAUUGUGUUUAUGUGGAAUAAAUAUUGUUUGAAU